AUGGCUUUGCCUAGAGUUGUAGCGUCUCGUCUAAUGCAAACGACAGUGCGCCGUUACCAUGGUGGGUCUCAGUUCAAACCACCCUCUAUGGAUGAGCUGCCAGUGCCACGUGGAUCUUGGCAAGCCAAGUAUGAUGCUGACCAGCGCCGCUACAAUUCUAUCCUUGCCUUUGGAAUUGCUUUUUCAGUCUUUUCAUUUGCUCUUGCAAAGGGCUCAGGGUUGUUGUACUUCAACUAUGCUCCACCAAAGUCACUUGACUAA